AUGCGAGCUCCACGAAGAGUUUUCACAGGAGUGGGAGUGUUAGUGUUGGUUUUGUUUGUAGAAGCAACACCAUUAUUCAAGGAGAAGAUAUACAGUCCAUCCUAUGCUGAGGUGUUUGCAUCUAGGUCCUCUGCUGAUGUUACACUAUUCUCGGGGGCACAGAGAGAACUGAAGCACACCUUUAACCUCAGUUUCGAUGGGAAGGUCGGCAAUCUAAAGCAUUGUGCAGGAAAUGACGAUGAUGUCUGCGUUCGUUGGUCAAAGUCGGCUCAGUUACUUGUUACUAAGGGCCCUAAAAAUGAAAUGUGGACGGUGACCAUUGAAGCCACACAACCACUACAUGUCUGCUUCCCACUUGAAGGCCACCAACUCUACGGAGGAAUGGUUUUAGAGGAAUAUCCAAUCCAGCGAGUCAAUCUCACACAGGUUUCAUUUUAUACCGGAGAUAUAACCAGAAUAGGCCGACUCCAGAAUGUUAUGGAAAGAUUCUGGUAUAGCUCAGGUGGUUUGAAUAUUAGGGUGAAUCCAGAUGUACCUCUAUUUCUUAGCCAGGAUGAAACGCAACUGUGCCUCACAGCGAAAAAUGAAUUCCCCUAUCCCAAGGACAUUCCCAUCAAGAUGAGUUAUGUCACUUGCGGUAAUACUGGAAAUAUAAGAGAGGCCUUAAAAUGCUUCUUUCCGAUGUACGACAAGCCUAUACCCCCAACGAAAAUAAUUGCAGACCCCAUUUGGUCUACUUGGGUUGAGUUUGAGAGGCCUAUUGAUCAACAAAAAUUAAUACAAUUUGAAAAAGAUAUAACGAGCCAUGGAUUCAAUGCUAGCGUUAUAGAAUUAGAUGAUGCUUGGGAAACAUGCCACGGAAAUCAGACAUUUGACCUGAAAAAAUUUCCAGAUCCGAAAGCAAUGGUUGAUGAGAUCCAUUCUAAAGGACAUCUCAUUACCUUGUGGGUUCAUCCUUUCUUAGGACCUGGAUGCCCUUCAAAUUUACUUGAUAUCUACAGCCCUUAUGUGAUGAAAUACCCCAAUGGUUCUGUGGGAAUAACUACUUGGUGGAAUGGAGAAGGAGCUGCUCUCUUUGAUUUCCUCAAUCCUGAGACUACAAAAUGGUAUGUUGAAAGGUUGCACAGGAUUUUGGACAACUAUGGUUUUGAUGGCUUCAAAUUUGAUGCUGGUGAAGCAGCUUAUAUACCAGGAAUGAGUAUAAAAGAGCAAUCAGUUACAUCACAUCGGCCGAACCAAUAUACUUCCAAAUAUAUCAAGAUGGCUUCACAGUUUGGUACUUUAACAGAAGUAAGAGUUGGAGCAGAAGCUUUCCAAUAUAAGCUCAUGCAGAGACUUCAAGACAGAGAUUCCAUUUGGACUUCAGAAAACUUGGGACUGCGUUCAGUUAUUACAUCAGUUCUUCAGCUUUCCAUAUUAGGCUAUGGAGCUAUCCUACCCGACAUGGUUGGAGGAAAUUGUUACAGCGGCCGACCUUCCAAAGAGCUCUUCAUCAGAUGGGUACAAGUCAACACUUUCCUUCCUCUUAUUCAGUUUUCUCUCAGUCCAUGGUCUUUCGAUGAUGAGACGGUACAAAUUACAAGAAAGUUUACUGCUUUACAUAAUGCUUAUUCAGAAAGAAUCUUGAAGGAGUUCAAAGACCCUCACCAUCCAGUUAUUAAUCCCCUUUGGUGGAUUGCUCCUGAAGAUAAAAUAGCUCUUGUCUCUGACUCAGAGUUCCUGUUGGGAGAGGAUUUGUUGGUAGCUCCUGUACUUGAACAAGGUGCAACAUCCAGGGAUAUUUAUCUACCUCGUGGCGAAUGGAGGGACGAAAACACUGGUAAAGUAUAUACUGGUCCUACUACACUUAAAAAGUACCCUGCACCUUUGGAGGUCUUACCAUACUUUGAAAGGAUCAAAUCUUAGUGAAUUUUACAAAAAGAUUUAAAAGAAGUAUUGAUUGAUGAAGAGAAUAAAACUAUUUUAUUGCAUUGAAUUAAAUUGAUCAUUUAUGUGAAGUAAAGAAUCUAAUUUAAAAAUAAAAGUUUUAAAAAAUAAGUGAAAAUAUACCAUAAGUGUUUUCUUUGCCUUUAAUUUAAGUUUUGUGAUUUGAAGAUUAGAUUGUAACACCAACAAAUAAAAGUAGCUGUUGUAAAUAAAUGAUAUGUGAUCGAUAUUACCGGUGAUGUUAUGUUCAAAAGUUAUUAUGGUAAUUAUUAUAUUACUAACCUUAGAUCAAAAUAUCAUAUUCAUGUUAUUAAGUAAAUCAAUGACCAAUUGAUGGAUACCAUUGAUACUUCAUCAAGACAAAGAAAGAACAAAGUUAUGAAAGUAAGAGACAUUGAUUUGUGACUAACUCAAAACAUUUACAUUUUAUGAUAAAUGAUUUAUGAUAAUUUGAAAGAUAAUAAUAUUCCAAAAAAUAAAAAAAAAUUGAUAUUUCAUCUCCAAAACUGGAAACUACCAUAUAAAAAAUGGUGGGCAUGGGAGAAAAGAGUUGAGACCUCAGAAAGCAUCAAAUAUUCCAAUGAGCAACCUAAUUUUGUUAGUUAUUCUGCUUUUUUAGAAAAAAUAAAUAAAUUGUUAUCUUUAUUCAAAGCCACUGGCAUUCACCAUGUUAUAUUCAUGUCUCUGGAUAGUAGAAAAGUUGUUAGUAAUUUGAUAUAGAUGAGUGAGAAAUUGGCUGGCUAGGGUCAGUAACUACAAAUCAUAAAGACGACGGAAGAAAACAAAAUUUAUACUUUUUUUUAAAUAACAUUGGCUAGUUUCAUUUAUGGUAAUACCAGAACUAAGUUGUUCAAACUAAAAUAAUCACUAACAUACAAAGAGAAAUUUGUUUUUAAUACAAUCAAUCUUUAAAUGUGGAUUUAUUAUCUAUGCACUUAUAUUUAGGGAAUUCAAGAUUGUAGAUAUUGUAUUUUAAUUUAUUUUAAAAUACACAUGUUAAAUCAA